UGUGGGAUUGAUCCGCUGAAAACGACAACAAACUGACUUUUUGCUGCUACUCGGCGAUGCUUAGUGUUUUACUUCCACAUUUAUAGACUUCUCCUCCCCGCACCUCUCAGGAGGAGAAGAGGAGACAUGGAAAACGUGCAUCUGGCUCUGGAGGAGGAGGACCUCUACUCCGGGUACAACGACUACAAUCCAACAUUUGACUCCGAGGAGUUGGAGAAUGAUGCAGGCUUCCAGCAAGCAGUGAGGACCAGUCAUGGAAGAAGACCCCCGAUGACUGCCAAAUUUCCCGGCACUGCCAUUGGAGCUCGGCCUUUAGGGACUUCAUUUGGAUCUCGGAUCCCUAUGACAUCUUCAAUGGGCAGACCUGUGACUGGAGCUGUGCAGGACGGAGCCGCCCGACCAAUGACUGCUGUAAGAGCCGCAGGUUACACCUCCUCCCUGACUCGUGGCUCAACUUUUGACCCUCUGGGACAGUCCAGAGGCCCCGCCCCUUCACUAGAAGCCAAGAAUGAGGAUACGCCUGAGGAGAAGAUAAAGAUCCUGGAGAAGAAAGUGAAUGACUUGAUAGAAGAGAGCUGCAUGGCACAGAGCAUUGGAGCCUUACAACUGUCUCUUGAAAAAGCCAAGGAGGCAGGGAGGAAGGAGAGAGCACUGGUGAGACAGAGGGAACAGACUGGAAAUGCUGACCACAUCAAUUUAGACCUCACCUACUCGGUUUUGCUCAACCUUGCCAACCAGUAUGAGAACAAUGAAAUGUACCCCGAGGCCCUAAACAGCUACCAGGUCAUUGUGAAGAACAAGAUGUUCAAUAAUGCAGGCCGACUAAAGGUCAACAUGGCCAACAUCUACUUCAAACAGAAAAACUACCCCAAAGCCAUCAAGUUCUACAGAAUGGCGCUGGAUCAGAUCUCCAACGCUCACAAAGAAAUGAGGAUCAAGAUCAUGCAGAACAUCGGCGUGGUCUUUGUUCGCAUGGGUCAGUACUCGGAUGCCAUUACAUCGUUCGAACACAUCAUGAGCGAGAGCCCCAACAUUAAGACGGGCUUCAACCUCAUCCUGUGCUACUACGCCAUCGGUGACAGGGAGAGGAUGAAGAAGGCCUUUCAGAAGCUCAUUUCGGUCCCUCUGGGCAUCGAUGAUGACGACAAAUACAUCCCAUCUAAUGACGACACCAGUUCCAAUAUGGUCAUUGAGGCCAUUAAGAAUGACAAGCUUCACCAGAUGGAGAGAGAUCUAAAAGUCCUGGCUGAGAAAUACAUCAUGACUGCAGCCAAACUCAUCGCUCCGACUAUUGAGACCUCCUUUGCCACUGGAUUUGACUGGUGUGUGGACAUGGUGAAAAGUUCUCAGUACGUCGAGCUAGCCAAUGAUCUUGAGAUCAACAAAGCCAUCACCUAUCUCAGACAGAAGGACUUCAACCAGGUUGAGGCAGUUGAAACCCUGAAAACAUUCGAGAAGAAGGACAGCAGAGUGAAGAGCGCUGCAGCCACCAACCUUUCUUUCCUUCACUUCCUGGAGAAGGAAUAUGAGCAGGCUGAGCGCUACGCUGACCUCGCCAUGACCGCCGAUCGCUACAAUCCAGCAGCACUAAUCAACAAGGGCAACACCCUGUUCGUCAAACAGGACUAUGAGAAGGCUGCAGAGUUCUACAAAGAAGCGCUGAGGAACGACUCCUCCUGCACCGAGGCCCUCUACAACCUGGGUCUAUCCUACAAAAAACUGAAUCGCCUGGAGGAGGCUCUGGACUGCUUCCUGAAGCUCCAUGCCAUUCUGAGGAACAGUGCCCAGGUCAUGUACCAGCUGGCUCAUCUCUAUGAGCUUCUGGAGGAUUCCCAACAGGCCAUCGAGUGGUUGAUGCAGGUCAUCAGUGUAACUCCCACAGACCCACAGGCACUGGCCAAGCUGGGGGAGCUGCACGAUGGCGAGGGGGACAAGUCCCAGGCCUUUCAGUACUACUAUGAUUCUUUCAGAUACUUCCCCUCCAACAUCGAUGUGAUUGAGUGGCUCGGGGCGUAUUACAUCGAGACUCAGUUUUGUGAAAAAGCCAUUCAGUACUUUGAAAGAGCCACACUCAUUCAACCAACCCAGGUGAAGUGGCAGCUAAUGGUGGCAAGCUGCUACAGAAGAAGUGGAAACUACCAGAAAGCUCUGGAAACAUAUAAAGACAUCCACCACAAGUUUCCAGAAAAUGUGGAAUGUCUGCGUUUCCUGGUGAGGCUGUGCACGGACAUGGGACUGAAUGAAGUUCAAGAAUACGCCACCAAGCUGAAGAAGGUGGAGAAGAUGAAGGAGAUGAGAGAACAGAGAGUGAAGUCGGGCAGAGAGGGAAGUGCCAGAGGUCGGAGAGAAGGCAGAGAGGGCAGCGGCGGGAGUGCCGGCCCCUCCACAUCUGUCCUCACCUCUCCUAAGAAGGCCAGAGUUAUGGAGGACGUCAAAGCAGUUGCUCAGUCUGAGUCUAAACAACUCAGUCCACUGUUGGACUCAGGGAAAGACAGCAGCCACAGUAGCAACAGCACUAAGGGAGAGCGGCUGAGCGCCAGGAUGAGGUCACUUCCUGCCUCCAACGAGCCCUACGAGGCCAACAGCCCAAAAGAACUGGAUGCGUCCUACGUGGAUCCACUGGGGCCUCAGAUGGAGAGGCCGAAGACAGGGGCCAAGAAGCGAGUGGAGGAUGACGACUUCGCGGAUGAAGAGCUGGGAGACGACCUGCUGCCCGAGUAGCGUCAUAAUAUAUUUUACAUUUUCAACUUUUACAUGGUAAACACUUUACUUUUCACAGUUAUGGUCCAAAUGAAUGUUUACAUCAGCAGUGCAGAAGUCUGAUGUCUUCACCUCUGUCACAUUUGGAAAAGUAAAUAUUUAUACAUGUGUAUUUAGCGGAGGAAUACUUAUACUUAUAAUGUAUAUAGACUUAUAUACAUGGACUGAUUGCAAAAUGUUCUUCAGGAAGCUGCUCAGUAUUUUCCACAGCUUUGUUGUUGUUUUGUCCUCCAGCACAAUGAAACUGACAUUUAACAACAACAGUGACGCUUAACUUAAAUUUGAACCUGUUUACAUGAAUUAUGUUGAGAUAUUCUUGGACGUCUUGUUCCAGCCCAGGAGUGAAUGUGUUGCGCAGUUUACUCAGCGUGGAUUUGAACUUCUGCCCAAAAAGCGAUAAGGAUGAAAUGUUGCAUCUUUAUCCUCACGUCACCUUUUCUCCUUUUAAACCCAGUGCUGGAGCCAAACAAUGAAAGACAUGACAUAUGUUUCUGACUGUAUGUUUCCAUGUGUGACCCUGGGAACCUUCUGGAGAAUCCAUCAGCACAUCACAUUCACCAGACUCAUGUAAUAAAUCCAUUACAGGCCCACUGUUGUAAUAUGUACCAAAAAUGUUUAUUUGUAGUAUAAUAUUUAUAUUUUCUUGUUUGUUCAUUCAUUUUUUGUUAAGUACACGAUUAAAAGAGACAAUAUUUAUCUAACAUUUAA